AUGAUGCGCCAGCCGCAGCGCCGCGCCAACUGGGGCUUCAGCACCACGGCCCAGCCUGGCCUGAACGGCCGGGCCAUCGGCUACCCGCGCGAGACGCUGGGCGGCUGCGCCGCCGUGAACGGCAUGAUCGCCCAGAUGGGGCAGCCAGACGACUACGACUACUGGGGCGACCUGCUCGGCGACGAGUCCUGGGGACGAUGGGACGCCAUGCGCCCCCACUUCGACCGCCUCAUGGACUACCAGGCCGGAGAGCGAGUGGGCCCGGACGGGCGCGCGCGCGGCAGCGGCGGGCCGCAGACGGUGAGCAGGCAGCGGCUCUCGUGGGACGUGCUGGACAGGUUCGCGGACGCCUGCGUCGCGGCGGGCAUCCCCCGACGCACUUCCACGACUCCGCUUCGGAGGGCGUGGGCUACUUCGAGGUCACGCAGCGGCGGGGCGUCCGGCAGUCCGCGUACCGCGCCUUCCUGCGUCCCGAGCGCAGACCGAACUUGA